CUUCUACUAACAAAAUGAAAAACUUGCUGAUCAUUGGUUUUGGCCUGUGCCUUUUGGGGAUCACUCUGGCCAAUCCACAAUUGCUCACGAACAUUGGCAACACUGCAUCCAGUUUGCUCGACAAUCUGCUAUCCGCUUCAAGCAACGCUGUCUCUUCUGCUAACGAUGCUUUGACUACGGCUCUGAGUGAAGCUCAAACGGCUGUUAAUAGUGCCCAAUCGACUGUGUCCGGCAUAGCUGGAAACGCUUUUCUUUCAAUCGGUGCCGUCAUGAACGCCAAUCUCAACUCGGCCGUCACCCAAUUGUCGGCCGGCAUCGACAACGUAAACACCAUUGUCAACCAAAUCGUCGCAGCUGGAUCUUCAGUAUCGAGUACUCUGGUUACCGAGCUGAACGAUGCCGUCAGUAGUCUGACCACUCUCACUGCAACUGUCGUGUCGCAAAGCAACUCGCUGUUAAGCUCCCUUGGUGUUAUUACGGGAUAACUUAUAAGGAUUUGGCUGCAUCUAAAUAAACUCAAUAUGACAUACUAAAG